AUGAAGGAAAAAUCAAAGAAUGCUGCGAAAAAGCGCAGAGAGAAAGAGAACGGAGAGUUUUAUGAGCUGGCCAAGCUGCUGCCUCUGCCGGCGGCCAUCACCUCCCAGCUGGACAAGGCCUCCAUCAUCCGGCUGACGAGCAGCUACCUCAGGAUGCGGAGCAUUCUCCCCGACGGUCUGGGUGAUGGAUGGGGGCAGUCAACAAGGUUCAGUCCUCUGGACAGCAUGGCAAAGGAGCUGGGUACCCACCUUUUACAAACUCUAGAUGGGUUUGUUUUUGUUGUUGCAUCAGAUGGAAAAAUCAUGUACAUUUCAGAAACGGCAUCAGUGCACCUUGGUCUGUCACAGGUGGAGCUAACAGGAAACAGUAUAUUUGAGUACAUCCACCCAUCAGACCAUGAUGAGAUGACAGCAGUGCUGAGUCUCCGCCAGGCCCCACAGCAUCACUUCUUGCCAGAGUAUGAAAUUGAGCGGUCCUUCUUCUUGAGGAUGAAGUGUGUUCUUGCCAAACGAAAUGCAGGGCUGACAUGUGGAGGAUAUAAGGUCAUCCACUGCAGUGGCUACCUGAAAGUGCGUCAGUACAUGGUGGACAUGGUGCUCUAUGAAUCAUGCUAUCAGACUAUGGGCCUGGUAGCAGUUGGACACUCCCUGCCUCCCAGUGGUAUCACUGAGAUCAAACUUCAUAGUAACAUGUUCAUGUUCAGAGCCAGCCUGGACUUCAAGCUCAUCUUUUUGGACAUGAGGGUGGCAGAGCUGACAGGCUACGAGCCUCAGGACCUGAUAGACAAGACUCUUUACCACCACGUUCAUGCCUGUGACAUUUUCCAUCUACGAUACGCUCAUCAUUUAUUGCUGGUGAAGGGUCAGGUCACCACCAAGUAUUACCGCUUGCUAUCAAAGCAUGGAGGUUGGGUAUGGGUGCAGAGUUACGCCACCAUUGUCCACAACAGUCGUUCAUCCAGACCUCACUGUAUUGUCAGUGUGAACUACGUCCUCACUGACAUUGAAAGCAAGGAACUACAGUUAUCUGAAGAUCAGAGUCAAGUCACUAAGUGUGGUGUAAGUCUCACUUCUUCUCAGGACCACAGCAGACAAUUCAGAACCAAAGCAGUCAAGAUGAAGACCAAACUAAGAGAAGCUCCCUAUCUUGAGCUUGCCCGGGAUAAAACCAAGGCAUUCCCAGGCCAGCCCAGAGAUAUAAUUGCUCCAGCAUGUCCUGGGACUGCCCCGGGCCUCAUCCCAGUGGGACUCACCCAAGAGGGGGCCAGGAGCUCUCUUCACCACGAUGGACCGGUACAGCAUCUGCCUAAGAAGAGAAGACCAGACCUCCCUCUCCCCGGCCACCUCCUCCAGCAUGUCUGGGGGAACACCAAGGCAUUCCCAGGCCAGCUGAGAGAUAUAAUCUCUCCAAAGUGUCCUGGGUCUGCCCCGGGGCCUCCUCCUGGUGGGACAUGCCCAGAACAACUCAGGCAGGAGGUGCCCAGGAGGCAUCCUUGUCAGAUGCCCGAACCACCUCAACUGGCUCCUUGCGAUGUGGAGGGGCAGUGGCUUUACUCUGAGCCCCUCCCGGAUGGCCGAACUCCUCACCCUAUCUCUAAGGGAGAGGCCAGCCACCCUUCAGAGGAAGGCCUUUUCUGCUGCUUGUAUCCGCAAUCUCGUUCUUUCAGUCACUACCCACAGCUCGUGACCAUAGAUGAGGGAAGGGUUGUAGGUCGACCGAAGGCUCCUCGCCUCUUCCAGCCGGACCUCUCAUACUGCUCGUCACAAAAGGGGACGUUGGAAGACAGAUCCCUGUACCCAGUGACCCCUUGCAGGGAGACGAGAACCAACCUGAGACCUGAAGGAGUUCAGGUGUCCUGCAGCCCCACUUACAAUCUGACUCUCCAUUACCCAUCCCAUCAUCAGCACCUGAACAUUCAGAGCCAGCUGCCCAGCUCAGUUCCCUCCUCUCAGCUAUCUCAACAAAUCAUCGGCUCCCUGCAUGGGCCUGUACUGGCAGCUGACCAUAGGUACCAGGAUGAUUGUCCCAGUGGAAUGAACCCUCUUUCAAACAGCAGGCUAAAGGACGAAUUCUGUGAACAUUACACACUCGUCCAUAGCAAAGUUUGUCCACAUGUCCAGCCUCAUGCCGCAAAGGGGAGUAAAGCUUUAAACCAGGACAUGCAACAUUAUGCAAAAGGUGACAGGGCCCUGGCUUGCCCUGUGCUCAGCAGCCUGGUACUUGGUAAAGGUGAGCAUGGUGGCUUGUUGCAUGGCAUAGGCCAGUCGCUCCCUGUGCAGAUAGUGCUUGAGCAGAAGAAGAUGCUCUGUAUGAUGGAGACCCCUUACAGUCACGUUGCUGCAGAAUAUCAUCAACCUGCUGACGACCAGCAGCAGUUUGGAGCUGCCACGGAGCCACAGUCCAGAUCUGCAGAGGACACGAGAAUGCUGACAGGUAUAGGAGCUCCAUAUAUGUCUUUAAACUUUCAUCAAGUCUUGGGCAAACCUGGUCCUAUUAAGGCCUCCCCUUUUGCCUCACUGAGCAAUAUAACAGAUGGCCAUUGUUACCAAGGUAAAGAGAUGGUGUCUUACAACUGUACUAGCCAGAGUCCCAGCUCCAGCUCAUCUCCUGAGAGCCACAGAGAGACCCCACACUGCACUGGCACAUCUGUCAUCAUCACGAAUGAGAGGUGA